CUGGUUCUUGCGCAGGUUAUUCCUACGCCAGUAAAGCUUUCAUCUUCUCUCUCUAUAACGUCAAAGGAUACAAUCCCGUAAAGUUGACACAAUACCGACAUCAGCAAUAUGCAAUGUACAGAUGUAAUACGUAUGGACCCACCUUUGGAGAUGGGUGUGGUCAUGAUAUCUACAUAUCCGACGACUCUGGAAACAACGGAAACUCUUACACCAGAUGCGGUUGUACGUACACGACACCCUCAGGGUACUCAACUGGUGACUGUGGUUUUUUUACAGGGGGGUCUUACUUUUCUCCAACGAACGUCGAAGUCUUCUAUGAAGCAGGUGGCCUUGGUGCAUCUAUUAUACUUAGAGGCCUGGACCCCAAUAAAUACUUGGGAAAGCUGAUUUCGUUUUUAGACCCAGUUCUUCCCACUGCAUCCCGUACUGACUUUGUUAGGUGUUGGCAUGCUAAGACUGACGGCUGGGCAGCAUCGACAUUCCACAGCAACUGCGAUGGGAGAGGACCUACAGUGACAAUCGUCAAAGUGAACGAGUACAUAUUCGGUGGAUACACUGAAGCGUCCUGGAGCGGAGCUGGUUCUUGCGCUUAUUCCUACGCCAGUAAAGCUUUCAUCUUCUCUCUCUAUAACGUCAAAGGAUACAAUCCCGUAAAGUUGACGCAAUACCGAAAUCAGCAAUAUGCAAUGUACAGAUGUAAUACGUAUGGACCCACCUUUGGCGCUGGGUGUCAUCAUGAUAUCUACAUAUCCGACGACUCUGGAAACAACCAGAACUCCUACACUAGAUGCGGUUGUACGUACACGACUCCCUCAGGGUUCUCAACUGGUGACUGUGGUUUUUUUACAGGGGGGUCUCAUUUCUCUCCAACAGACGUCGAAGUAUUCUAUGAAGCAGGCCUCGGUUUGUCCGCCAUACUUCGAAGUCUUGAUUACAACCAGUACUUGAAGGUGCUGUUUUCGUAUUUGGACCCAGUCCUUAUCAAUAAAGAGCGUAGCAGGUUUGUGAGGUGUUGGCACGCAGAGACUGACGGUUGGGCAGCAUCGACAUUCCACAGUAACUGCGAUGGGAGGGGACCCACAGUGACCAUCAUCAAAGUUAACAGUUAUAUCUUUGGUGGAUACACUGACGUGUCCUGGACCAGCAGUCCCUGUGCUUCUUCUUCAGCCAGCAAAGCUUUUGUUUUCUCUCUUUACAACGUCAAAGGAUACAAUCCUGUGAAGCUGACACAAUACCAAAACCAGCAAUACGCAAUGCACAGAUGUUCCUCCUACGGACCCAUUUUUGGUGUGGGACGUGACAUCCUCAUAUAUGACGACGCUAUAAACAAUCAACACUCUUAUACUGAAUGCGGCCAGACGUACAAAAACCCCACGGGUUAUUCAGGUGAAAACUGUGGAUUUUUCACAGGAAGUCGUCAUUUUACUCCAUCUGACAUUGAGGUUUUUUUCGAAAUAACAAACUAAACACUGAAAACUAUGCUGUCUAAGUAAGUAUUAAGUAAGUAUUGUAACAAUAGAGUUAAUAGAGUUAGUGCCUCCUCACACAAGGCCCGGUCAA